AUGCAUCGCCCAUUCUUGACCACCUUUCUUCUCUGGCUUGGGCUGGCCGUCCUCGUGCCAUGCCAGGAAUAUGACCAGGGAGCCCCCGCAUGCGAGGCGCUCGAUAAAGCGCUUCCCGGCAGGGUAGCUUACCCGCAGACAGAAGCAUACGACGUCUCCAACACGUUUUGGUCGAACCGUCAAUCCGCCGUCCGACCAGCCUGCUUUCUCCUCCCCAAUUCAACCGCAGACGUAUCGACAGGGCUCAAGAUACUCACAUCGCUGCGCACCAAGUUUUCCGUCAAAGGCGGCGGCCACACUCCGUUCGCGGGGGGCUCCAACAUGCAGGGCGGCGUCACCAUCAGCCUCGAGGCCCUCAACGACGUCACCGUCAGCGCGAGCCGCAAGACCGUCUCCAUCGGGCCGGGAAACCGCUGGAUCGACGUGACGAGGAAGCUGGACCCCCUCGGCCUCGCCGUCGUGGGCGGCCGCGUCGCCGAGGUCGGCGUCGCGGGCCUGCUCCUCGGCGGCGGCAUCUCGUUCCUCUCCGAGCAGCACGGCUGGGCGUGCGACAACGUGCAGACGUACGAGGUGGUGCUCGCGACGGGCGAGAUUGUGCUCGCGACGCCGACGCAGAACGAGGACCUGUACUGGGCGCUCCGCGGCGGCGGCGGGUCGAGCUUCGGCGUCGUGACGCGGUUCGACGUCGACGCCUUUGCGCAGGGCGACCUCUGGGGGCGGGCGCUCCUCUGGCCGGGGACGGAGAGCGGCGGCGUGCUGGCGCAGCUGACGCUCGUCGCGCGGGACGUGCUGCCGCUGGACAGGGACGCGCACGUGUUUGUCGUGCUGGCCCACGCGCCGCAGGUUGGCGGGGACGUUGUGCUGGCGUCGCUGUACCACCUCACGCAUGCUGCGACGCAGGCGGCGGCCGACGGGGCGGUGCCGGAUGUCUUGGAGGGGUUCGUGCGGCUGCGUGGCCAGAUUUCGAACACGACGACCGUGGCGCCGGUCUCGACGCACCUGGAGGCCAUUUCGGAUCGAUACGGCUUCCGCAAGACGUGGUGGGAUACGACGGUUUCGAUUGGCGAUGCGGGGGAUGACUUGCUUCUCCUCGAGACGCUGCCCAAGUGGGAUGCCCAUGUCGAGGCGUUGCUGGCGGCGGCUGAGGAGGCUGGCGACACGGUUGUUCCACAGAUUGCUUUCCAGCCCAUCUCGACCAACGUGCUCAAAGAGAUGCAGAAGAACGGAGGCAACGCACUGGGGCUGCAUGUCGGUGACGGACCGCUCGUCUUGAUCCAUGUCAUGGCGACCUGGUCGAGUGACAAGUUGGACUGCUUCAUGGAGAAAAAGGCAAAGGAGUUGAUCGAGGAUAUCGAAACAAGAGCCGAAGCGCGAGGGCAGAGGAAUGGAUACAAGUACAUCAACUAUGCCGGCAGAACACAAGAUGUAUUCGGCAGCUACGGCGAGGAGAACCACCAGAGGCUGCGAGAGGUAUCGCAAAAGUACGACCCCGAAGACUUGCUGCAGAGCCUCUGGAGGGGCUAUUUCAAAGUCAGGUAG